GCUGACGCUGCAGCGAAUAUGUGCGCGUCACUUCCGGCUGUGAGAAAUGGCGGGCGGUGGAGACAGAAUGGCGGAGCUGGAGGACGGAGAGCUGGAGUCAGAUCAGGAGGAGCGAGUGCAGGUGUCAUAUUUGCAGAGCACGGGUCCGUCUCUGAGCUCUGCGUCCGUCUCUGGAUACCGCAGCCUCAAGAACACCGACUCCAGCGACAGCGACUCUGCGUCUGAAGACGAGGCCGUGCCCUGGAGACAGAAGCGGCUCUGCAGCUCCAGCGCUCCCUCCGGACGCAAGGUCAACAACAUCUGGGGCUCCGUGGUGCAGGAGCAGAGCCAGGAGUCUGUGGCCGCAGAGCUGGGCAUCAUGGGAAUGGAGGGCAGCGUCAGCAUGAGCAGUCGCCAGAGCGAGACCUACAACUACGUCCUGGCCCGCAAGAUGAUGGAGAAGGAGCGCGAGGAGGAGGAGGAGGGCUUGAGGAGCGCGCUGGACGGGGAGCUGGAGGGCUACAUGCAGCAGAAGAGCUGUCUGAAGAGGAAGCGGCCUGCUAAGGAGAGGCUGGGCCCGCGGGCCGAGAUGGACCUGAGGGGCCGGUACCAGCUCCGGGAGGACGACCCUGAAGACAGAGUGGUGGAUGAGAUCGCUCACAGGUCAGGAAAAACACAUGCAAUCUGCACAAAUGCACUGCAGAACUGUUGUAAAUUAUUGGUAAGAAUUAAAAGUAAAUAUAGCUUCAAAACAUACAAGCAGAUAUACAGUAAUGAAGGGGGGAAAAGACAAUUGCAAGUGAUCAACACAAAGCACUUUCAGUAUCUGGGAGGCAUAUUUGUUUGUUUGGCUUUCCUGCAGGAUGGUAGCAGGAGACGGACACCGGGGGGAGUGUAUCUGAACUUACUGAAGAACACACCCAGCAUCUCUGAUGGACAGGUGAAGGAGAUCUUUCAUGAGGAGAACCAGAAAGAAUACAACAACAAAAAGUCAGCUAAGAAGCGACGGAAGCGAAUAGUAGCAAAGAAGAUGAAGCAGGCCAUCAGCACGCUCAACCUCCAGGAGCAUGACGACAUCUCCCGAGAAACGUUUGCCAGUGACACUGAAGAGGCUCUGGGGUCCCUGGAGGAGGCCCCCGAGGGCCCGCCGGAGUCUGCGCUGGGCACAGAGGACAACCCUGUCGUCUACAACUCAACCGACCUUGAGGUUUUCUAAUGCGUGAGCAUGUGUGCUGUUUCGUGCUGCACGGUCCCUUCUAGUUGUAGCCUAAAACAGCUUGGAUUGACUAAACUAAAGAUGAAAGACAACAGUGGGUUUGUCCUGACGGGUAGCACUUUAAGUUCUCUGCUGGUUGUUGAAAGACUGUAAGCAGCAGGCAAAGCUUGUACAGAUCUUCUACAGGAAUUCUUGCCUGGUUAAAAUGUUGUUGAUAAAUUGUGAUCUUUCUGUUUAGAUAUUUUGCAAGCUUUUGAUACAUUACUGCAUUCAUGGGAAAUUAAUUGCAGCAAGAAAAUAUACAUUCACUUAUUUCAGAAGAAUACAGCUUGUGUUUUAGUAAUUGGAAAUGCUCUAAACGUUUGUUAAAGGUGCAUUGUACAAUAAAGCAGUACAUGCUUGAUGUGUAAAAUGCAAGCUCAGCUUUUGGUGCGUGUCAUUUGUCAUACUGCUCUCAAAUAUAUCUGUGGUUUGCUAUUUUUACUUUGUGCUUUCACUGUGUGGCGUAAUUGAGCUGAAUAGAUGAACAUUCUUGAACUGAUAAGUUUCAGUACAUGCUCAAAUUAAAAAGCAAUCUUAAGUUUUGCGAUUAAUGGUAG